ACCUAAAUUGCAAAAAAUCCUGUUCGUCUUCCUCUGACUUGGCUUCACAAAACUGAAACCAAAUCUAAAAUAGUGUUAUUAUAUAUCCACAACUUCUUACAUAUCUCAGUCAUUCCUUUAAUUCAAUCCAAAUAAAACGAAGACGAAGAAGACAAUAAUAACCUUGUUUUCUUCUCUUCAAUGGCCGCCGAAGCCACCGCCAAAUUCCAAAACCCUGAAUUCCGCCCCGAUUUCCGCCCCGAAAUAUCACCCGCCAUGACCUCUCACGACGGCCUCCACUUCUGGCAGUUCAUGAUUGCCGGUUCCAUAGCCGGUUCAGUCGAGCACAUGGCCAUGUUCCCCGUCGACACUGUCAAAACCCAUAUGCAAGCCCUCGGUUCUUGCCCCAUUAAAUCCGUCAGCGUCACUCACGCCUUCCGCUCCAUUCUUCAAACGGAGGGCCCCUCCGCCUUCUACAGAGGUAUCGCCGCCAUGGGUAUCGGCGCCGGCCCUGCCCACGCUGUUUAUUUUUCGAUCUAUGAGGUGUGUAAGAAGUAUUUGUCUGGUGAUAAUCCGAAUAAUUCGAUGGCGCAUGCUAUGUCGGGUGUUUGCGCGACGGUUGCCAGCGACGCGGUGCUUACGCCUAUGGAUAUGGUGAAGCAGAGACUGCAGCUGGGGAGUAAUGCGUAUAAGGGUGUGUGGGAUUGUGUUAAGAGGGUGUUGAGAGAAGAGGGGUUUGGCGCGUUUUACGCGUCGUAUAGGACUACGGUUUUGAUGAAUGCGCCUUUUACGGCUGUGCAUUUUGCGACUUAUGAAGCUACUAAACGAGCUUUGAUGGAGGUCUCUCCGGAGAGUGCUACUGAUGAGCGGUUGAUUGUUCAUGCUACUGCUGGAGCUGCUGCUGGUGCACUUGCUGCUGCUGUUACUACUCCUCUUGAUGUUGUCAAGACUCAGUUGCAGUGCCAGGGUAUCUGCGGAUGUGAUAGAUUCAAAAGUGGUUCAAUUGGAGACGUUAUUCGGGUUAUAGUGAAAAAGGAUGGGUAUAAAGGGCUGAUGAGGGGUUGGAUUCCGAGGAUGCUCUUCCAUGCUCCUGCUGCUGCAAUUUGCUGGUCUACUUAUGAAGCCUCUAAAGUAUUCUUUCAGGAACUCAAUGGUAAUAAAAAUAGCGGCACUGUCACCUGAAUGGGGCGGAUGAAAUGGCAUUUGUAGUUUAGCGGUUGCAACACAAUAAUGAUGUACAAUUCGAAGGUGUUAGCUUCACACGAGGGACGGUAUGCAAGGCAUGCGCACCCUCUUUAUAGUCUUUGCUGCUCAUUAAUUAUCAAAUCAGGUCAGAAUUAGUUAUGUUGUACACAUUGUUGUCUCAUAAUCUUAUUGAUAAUUAUGUUAUGCUCUUAAGUUCAUCACCCUGAGCAGAAUGAAACCCCCCACACAGCUUUGUCUCGGCAAUUUUUUUCUUUUCGAAGAAUUUUUUUGGGCUUCAUAUUGAUGCGAGGAUUACGGCUGAGGCUACAAGUAGUGUAUUUCAUGAAUAAUUGAAGGAUUAUUUUUCUUCCAUUAAUUUCCCUUUCUUUAUAUUUUAAUUUAACUCGACCUAUUCUUACUGUUA